CACAAUACAUGUAUAGUAAUGUUAUUUCCUGCUUAGCAACAAACAACAUGGCAGACCAAGAAGAGAGACCACCAUCUGGUGAAAAACCGGGCAUGCAAAAUGUUGUAGCAGAUGCUACCGUGAAAGCUUUACAGGAGUUUGACACUGGAGACAUGGAACAGGUUGAGCCUGCUACAGACAAAGAAACAACAGAUCCAGUCCGUCCCACCUCAGCAAAGUCAGGAUCACGUCCGACCUCGGCCAGACCAGGAUCAAAGUCAGGGUCUCGUCCAACAUCAGCCAAGCCGGCCUCGCCCGCUGGCAGCGGGAGAGCUUCCGCCACAGGUGAGAGACCACCUUCAGCAGUCCGUCCUUCCUCAGGACAGAGAGCCCCAUCUCAAACUGGUAGUCGUCCGACAUCAGGACAGAGAGCCCCAUCUCAGACCGGUAGUCGUCCGACAUCAGCAGCAAAGCCAGCAUCAAAGGAGGGAUCCAGGCCAGCGAGUGCCAAAUCUAGGUCACAACCAACUAGUGCUAAACCUGUGGUAGAACCGGACCAGCCACCUGAGUCAGCCCCGGUACCUGAUGUGCCUGUUGAAGAGUUCGCUUCACCGCAGCAUGGUAUUACAGCACCCCCACAGACUGCCGAGGGUGGACAAGGGGCCCCUCCUGAACAAGACACAUACACCUAUCAACCUCCACAACAGCAGCCCCCAACCACAGACUACGGGGCACUGGUGCAUCAUUCCACAGGAGGGCACGGCGGUGACGAUGGCGGGGAUGGUGACAGUGAUGGCGAUGAGGACGACGAUGAAGAAAUGGAAGAUGUAGAAGAAGGAGGAUCUGAGGGAAGUGAUGAUGAUGGAGACAUGGUUGUCCUUGACCCCGACCAUCCAUUGAUGCAAAGAUUCCAGAAUGCUUUGAAAUCCCACCUGAACACGCAGAAUGAAAAAGUAUCUCUGGAGCUGAGAGAGUUGGAAGAAGCAUUGAGGAAUCGUAAGAAAGAGCGAGAAGAUCUUGGCGUAGAGUUGUACGGUGUUCAGCAGGAACUGGCCCGAUACCAAAUGAUGCUGGAGAAAAACCAUGACGAAUACUCCCAACUUGCUCAAGCACGACUUCAGGAAGAACAACAGCUUCAGGACGUCCGCUCCAUGUACAAGGAUUCUCAGACAACUGUUAAUAAGGAGAAAAAGAAAUAUUCUGAACUCCAGAGCGAAGUUGAGAACCUUGCACUUCGUCUGUUUUACAUGGAUAAUGCGAAGGAAGAUGUGAGAUCUGAUAUAGCCAUAAUGAGAAGGGCGGCAGAGAAGGCGGAGACUGAAGUGUCUAAGUCAGAAAUAGAAAAACAAAAACAGGAUUUAUUUGUGGAUCGUCUCGUGGAAAGAGUCGACAAGUUGAAAGAGGAGAUUGCCAUGUACGAGGCACAGAUCACGGCACAAACUGAGGAGACAUUAGCCGCCAAAGAGGCUCUCACUGAAGCUCACAUGGAGAUCGAGGCAAUUGGUCUCGAGAAGAAACAGCUGUUUCAGCAGUGGAACAGCUCGCUGAUCGGGAUGAGGAGGAGAGAUGAAGCUCAUUCUGCCAUGCAGGAAGCUUUAGAACAACAACAGCAGAAAGUUUUAUCCCUCGAAACUGAAAUUGAAGGAUAUAAAAAGUCUAUUUUCAAGGAACAGGAGCAGAAUGAGAAACUAACUCUGAUAUUAAAUAAGACUGAGCGGGACAUCGAGACCGUGAGAAAGCUGUUGAGUCAAUCCCAGGCCAAACAUGAUGCUUUAAAGGCUGAGUAUGCUACAUACACACGGAUGUUACACGAGACUGAGCAGGCACUCAACCGUGCAGUUACGGAUAAGACACUCAGGAUGAACGAGCUCAAUGCCCUGAGGAAGCAGAUUGAGCGAGAAUAUUUGGAGAAGGUGCAGCUGGAAGACGCCAUUAUGGAGAAGAUGAGAAGUCAGUUGACUAUGGACAAAGCUUCACAGUAUACUCGUAAACUCACCUCUAAAAAACGCGAACUCACCAAACAGCUUGAGACACAAAUGGCUGAGGUGGAGAAUACCAUCUCAUCAGAAACAUUAGAAAUCUCCAAUGUACAAACAAGGGUCGAAAGGCUCGACAAAAUUAUGAGAGGUUUGGACGAAGAAGUCAGUGCUAAAAAUGACAUCAUCAACCGAAGUGAGGCAGAGAUUGUCAAACGAAAUGCUAUCAUUGAAAGGAAACAGAAUAUUAUCGACCAAUACAACAAAAAGCUGGAGGUGCUCAUCACUAAUGCUGGGGGUGUCGAGCUCGGGCCACUGGAAAUCAACAUCAAUUCACUACAGAAGUCUAUUGAAGCUCGCCUCCAAGAGAUCGCAGAACUACAACAGCUUUGGCUGCGACAACAGACAGAAUUAGUUCACCUUGCCAAGGAAAAGGACAGCCAAUCAGAAUCUGUCGAGAAAUUGAAGAAACAACUGACAAUCCUGUCACAGAAAAAGAUUCGUACACAAGGAAACAUAGACGAGGAGAGACGAGAGACGUACGAUAUUGAACGUAACAUCACCAACAUGCAAAAUGACAUGAUUAAACUGAAUCAACAUCUUCACAAGGAAACCAAUAUUCAGACAAAUCUACAACAAGAUAAUAUCCUGCUGGAACAGGACUUCAUCAGAGCACUCAAGGAAGCUGAACUAGAAUCCAUUGAGAAACAAGCCAAUUUAGACUCCAUCAAGGAGGAGAAAGAGAGACUUCUCAACAGUCUUGUAGAGGCAGAACGCCAGAUAAUGCUUUGGGAGAAGAAAACCCAGCUGGCACGCGAGACGCGAGCAGCAGUGGACUCCGAGGUGGGUCAGGGUGAGAUUAAGGCCAUGAAUGCAGAGAUACAUCGUAUGACAGUACGCCACACACAACUAAUGAAACAGCAAGAGAAAAUGAUCCAGGAGAUGGAAAAGGCAGUGUCACGGAGAGACACGAUUGUCACCCGUGGAGACGCCCAACAGAAAACAAAUAAGAAUGUCCUUACAAAGGGAACAUUUGAACGACAGAUGGCUGAACUGAGAAAGAAAAUAAAACAUACGAUUCAGGAGGCUAAUUCCUGUGAUAGUGAGAUACAGGAGUUACGUGACCACCAGUUGGAGUUGAGCAGUCAGUUAGAACAGAACCAAGUCAAUGUCCAACAACUCCAGGGUAGCUCUGACACCCUGGAUGGUGAUAUUGAGGGACUCCUUGAGGUCAAGCAGAAGAACAUGACAGAAAUUCUAGAGAAACAACAGAAAACAAAAUACUUCCAACAGGCCAAGGAUGGAAAAUACACCAUGUUGUGCAAGUCAGAAUCUUCUCUGGAGAAUGAGAGUACCAAACAGGUCGAUCGUAUGCAGGCUCUAAGUGCUAUAGUGGACCGACUGAACCAGGAGUUCCCCCACGUACAGCCCGCCAUGAGGCGCGUAACGUUGGCACUCAGUGCACGCACUGAAAGUAAUGAGGACUAGAAGUGUCUUUUAGCCAAUGGACUGGUGUUAUCUCCUCAAAUUGUUUUCCUUGAGAACAUCUUCCGUCGUCUUUCUUCAUAAAUCACCCGAAAUAAAAACAUUAUGUAUUGAAUUAAAAGAAGAAUGCAUUGACACACAAAACGUGUGUAUAAUCAGGGGAGAAAGUUUUAUACUAUAAUGUCCAAAAACUAGCCGAUUGAUAGGAUUUAAUGGGAAUACUGAACUGUACCGCUAACUACUGGUACAGAUAUCUUUCUGUGAUAUAAUGUCCAUAGUUUUAAAUGAAACACAAUGUUGUAAAUGUGUACAUACACUGCUUCUUGUAAAUUGUAUGUAAUGUAUUGUAUGUAAUAUCUAACUCAUAAAAUAAACUUACUGUUCAGUGUCUGAAGA